AUGGCCCCCAAAGAUCAACUGCACCCUAACACCAGCAGCCCUACCCUCCAUGACCUCCUCAACUUCAGCGGGGCAACUUUCUCCCCAUCUCCAUCCCCCUCCCAGCUGGCUCCCUCCUGCAACAUCGACGAAUCCUACAAGUACAUCUUCCUGCCCAUUUGCUACUCCUUCACCUUCCUCUUCAGCCUCUCCCUGAACUCUGUUGUCCUAAUUCGCUCUUUCCGUCGGACCAAGCGUUGGAAUGCCUCUCUGAUCUACAUGGUCAACCUGGCAUCCACAGAUUUCAUGUACAGUCUGUCACUGCCCUUCCUCGUGGCUAGUUACGUCAUGAGAGACCGCUGGGUUUUUGGGGACUUCAUGUGCCGUUUGGUACCUGGGCAUCUGCCACCCCAUGAAGACCAUAACACUAAAAACAAAACGGGCAGUCAAACUCACGUGCGUUUUGAUUUGGACUGUAGUUUUUGCACUGACUUGCCCAAUCUUCCGUUUUGCCCAGACUGGUUCUGUAACAAGGGUGACAAGUUUGACCAGCAACACCAGCUCACUUCAUGGGCAAAUCACCACAAGCGAUUUUAUGAAUGGGAGUCGCGGCCAUAG